UGCUAUAUUACGCUUGCUUCACUUCUAAAAGAGACGAAAUGUGCUCAGCAGAUAUCGACAACUUGGUGAUAAGUUUGAAGAUAAGUCUCAAGGCGUUUAAGUACUGCCUGGUGUGUGGGACGAGUUAUAAUGGAAAAAUAGCUUUAGCGUUUAAUCAUUUUCUGUCAUCUACCUGCUUCUCCGCAAAUCAAAGUGUAUUUGAACUUGAGAUUCUGCCUUCCGUUGAUACUCAGGAGGAGAACAAUUUUGUUAAAGCUGAACAUGAUCUACAUGAAGAUGAACCUGAUCCACAUGAAGAUGAACCUGAUCCACAUGAAGCUGAGUUUAAUGAUCCUAAUCCUGAGAACUCUGAAGAGGGUUUGAAACCUAAAGAUGAGAAUAAUUCAAUUUAUGAUGAGGAGGCAAGAGAACUUCAAAAUCAAACUGAAAACUUCUCUCCAGCAAAUGACGAUGAUAACUUUUUCUCUGAUGAUGAUGAAAUUGCACCAAUUGACGGAGAUGAACCUGAUGAUUUAAUUACUGAAGAUCUUAACUCUCUCCCAAGAAAUGUAGUUCCUUGUGAUGAAUGUGAUUCCUAUUUCUCCAGCAACAUACAGCUAAACUAUCACAGACAAUUCACACACAGAGAAAGUUUUUCCUGUGACAUCUGUGAAGAAGUGUCUGGCGAUCUAUCUGAUUUGAUGAAUCAUAUCAAGAGCAGGCAUAAAAACGUUGUUUCUUGUUUUCUCUGUCAGCUUGAAAUAAAGGAUAUUCAUCGACAUCUCAAAUCUCACAUAGGAAAGAGGGAAUUUAGUUGCAGUUUCGAGGGAUGCAGUCAGAGGUUUGUGCAUUCUGAGAGUGUAUUAAAGCAUGCCCGAGUGCAUACCGCUAAGCAGUUUUCUUGUCGUAUUUGCAGCAUGCUUCUAGCCAAACCAGCAUCGCUGAGAAACCAUCUGAGUGUGAUCCAUGGUGUAGAAGAUACUUUCCAGUGUGGAUACUGUCUACAGUGGUUCAGAUCUCAUAAGAAUCUAGUCGAACACACACAAUCUGACCACUCCUCUUCAGCUCAGAACAAGGUUCCUUGCGAAGAAUGUGGAGUAAAAUUUACCUCUAAAGGUCUGCAAGAGCACCUAAGAAAGAAGCACUCUAAACCCAAGAAGGCAAGAGGACGGAAGCCUUGUUCUGGAAAGAAGAGGAAGAGAUCAGGGAAAGAUAAAUCUGAAUCCUCUGAUCGAAUUCUAGAAGAGGCUGUAAACCGGGAAGAUAUUAUCACGUGUCCAAAGUGCGGAGCCGCGUUCAAUUCUGAGGAAAAGGACUUGGCAAACCACCAUCUUGCAUUAUGUGAAAUAAGCGUAGAAAGGUAA